AUGGCGGGGGGCAUGAAGUGGUCAUGCAUGUCUAGCGUCACCAUCGACCUCGAGCUGUCAGUGCCUCACCCAAUGUGGGCGGACAGGAGGAGCACGUUGUCCCUGCGAGCAAGAGGUAUGCCGACAGGAAUGUAUGCUUCACGGUGGACGGUGGAGAGAAGAGUGGAUGAUGCGAACGAGCUCAAGUAUGAAUCUCAAGAAAUGUUGCGAGCCGACGACCUCCAGGAGCUCCAUACCAACCUGACUGUGCCUGCUCUCCCCCACGGCCUGUAUGCUGCAUCCUUCUUGAUCAGCAAAGGUGACGAGAUGCUGCUUCAUUGUGACGUGGGCCCCUGGCGGGCAGUGCUCGAUCCUUCAGUGGGGGUCUGCUGUAAGAUGCCGAGCUACCGCAGAGAAGAUCCGUGCGAGUCUCUGACGAGUUGGAUGCAGUGCAUGAAGCUUGAGAGGCUGCUCAGCUGCGAGGCUUUCCUGGAGCUGCAUCGACAUGGUCGCCUCCAUGAGAGCCUGACUGCGUCUGGAUUCUCCGACGUGCAAGCCGAGGGGAUCCUGCAAUGCUACAGGGAGACCCGCACGGGCCUUGUUUUCGCGCUGCUCGACCCCCCGCUGAUCCCGCUGACGUCAAGGGUUACAUGUAUCAUGGAGUCGAUCUCCAGAGCGAGAGCGAGCUUCGCACAUGACUACCUUAGAGCCGCGCUCUUCCUCUCUGCGAACUUCACCCACCUGCUACAGGAGCCGUCGUUCCUCGCCCAGAUACAAGAGCUGGAUGUCGAUGUGAUCCAGACGUAUCAAGAUUUUCACAGCAAGGCAUCUUUCUUGCUCGAUGCCAUCCUUGAAAGCCCCUAUGAGCAAACGAUCUUGAUCGAGAGCUGCCAAGUUUGCAGCCUUCAGACAGACUUGCUGUGGCUGCUCAGGUACAAGGAUCUGCUCCUUCCUCCCAUCGGAUCAUCAGUCGGUGAUAAGAACCUGGACAGCUCCUGCUCAGCAGACGCACAUGUUGAUAAGGAAUCCUUGGUUUCCCAACUGAUUGUGCUCAAGAAGUCUGCACCUGUGCAAGAACUUCUACGUCAACUAUCGACCGACUUGUUGGAGAGGAGGGAGGAAGGCCCUUUAUCAUCGCUGCUGGGUGAGGUUGCCAGCAAACAUAGCACUCUGAACAUCGCCUGGUUGAAUGCUGAGACACAAUGUCAUUCGCAACAUUUCGCAAGCAGCGGCACUUCGGAUCGCCCGCGGGAGGAUGCAGGCAAGGAGGGCAAGGAGCCUAGCGCUCGAUCCCGUCUGUGCGAGCUCUUGCUGGAGCUCCCGGCGACGAGGGAGGAGCUACCGACUCUGUCCGCCAUCCGGCUUACAACAGGGCGGGAGUGGGACUACUCUGAGUCCUCGCUCAACAUGGCCAUGAGAGUCUGCUACCAUCUCUUCCGAGUCGCCUUGAAGCAAGACCCUCCAACCUCGAGCUCCUCCGAAGCCAUCGUGAGCGGCCUUGGGCCCGUUGACGAUGCCAACGGCGCACAACCUGCUGUGGAUCCCGACAACAUCUUCUGCUGGUUUGACAUGCCCUUCCUCGCGCACCUGCUUUUGAAUCGCCUGCUGUUCGCGAGAAGGGAGGGCAUGGACAGCCUCGUCUACCUCGCCAACCGGAGGGACUUCGGGAAGCGCAAGGGAAACUUCCUCAAGCUGCCGGCCAUGAGGAAAGCGCUGGAGCUCUACGACACGGCUGUCUGGGUGGACUUGGACGGCUACAUGCCCUCGAGCGUCAGGAACCUGACCAGGCCUCGCUUCACUCAGCUCUUCCUCGCCCCAGAACAAGCGCUGGCCCUCAACGUUUGUCCUCAGCCGCCUCACUACCUCCUCUCGGGCUUCAUGAUCAUGCGGUCUAACCGCUUCAACCAGGAACUGCUGUGGCGAGUCUCCUCCUACACGCAGGACGGCGAACUGCCUUGCGACCAGCAGGCGAUACAGCACGUCCUCCUCGAGUACGCGAACGCGUCAGGGCGCCUGGCCUACGACCGGCGCUGCAUCCUGCACUACGAUGAGUUCUGCUACGCCAAGGUGCUGGCGGCGAACGGGAUUCCAGAAGGAAGCUCUCCUCUCCCUCAAGUCUCCACCAGCCCCUUCUGUGGAGCUGCAGGCCAGACCUUGCAGCUAAUGUGCGGCUGCAGCAGUCAAGAGUUCCCGUACCUGGACACGUGCCAGGAGCGGGAGACGAUGCUGGUUCACUUCGGCAGGAUGCGCUUCCGGUCACGGUUCUCUGAGCUCAUGGACGACAACAUCCAGAGACUCUUCGACCAGCCUCCCCUUGACUCCUCCCCUGCUGCUCGCUGA